AUUCUGCUCAAAGCGACCCUGCGCUCUCACCAUGUCAACCUCCGUGCAGAUGGAACCGGUCCUGGAAAGGAGGUACGGAGGAGUUGGACGCUGCAAGUGCUCCUUCUGGUUUGCAGUAGCCCACGAUAUACUCGGCGUGCUCAUCAUGAUGGUGGGGGUAUUCGGGGGCUUGGUAAUCCACGACCUCUUCAUCUACGCCGGCGCCAUCGUCAUCUUCCUCAGCCUCAUCUGGUGGGUGUUCUGGUACUCCGGCAACAUCGAUGUGCCGCCAGAGGAGCUGGAAGACGACGUGGGAAUGGUCAAACUGAAAAGCAGCAAAGGACUGAGCCGUGUCGUGAGGCGGGCGUCCAGCCGACUCUCCAGCGGGAUUCGGAACUCUUUUGGAAAAAAUGGAAGGUGGACCAGACAGGGCUCCAGCACAGGCAAGAAGGCUUCAAACGCAGGGGAGCUGCAGAGCACAGAUGUGUCACUCUUCACUAUUUAUGACGGCGACAUGGCCUCGUCAUCAAAACAACUUGUCAGAGAGACAUUGUCAAUAUGAACCCAUGUGUUAAGGACUCAAAGAAAGCUGCACUUGUGUUUGUUUGUCUUUGCUUAUGUUUGCCGAGUAAUGAUUAGACAACGCUGAAGUUCUGUCCAGAUGGGUUCACAUGCUCUUAUCUAGUUGAUAAGAUCAAGAUAAGAACAUCUUGCACGCGUUUAACAAAGUGCUGCAUAGGAUAGAUAUGUAGAGAGUUGAAUCGUCUUCAGCCACAAUAUAAAGAGUAUUUAACAGCAGGGGACACGAUAUGCAAACAGGUCACACAAACACACACAGUCCAAUCUCUGGCAGUGAAAAACCAGUGCAGUUACCAAUAUUUGAAUUUUUAAAAGAAUACGUAUACAACAAGCAAGAUAGCCUCAUUUUAUCCAGCUUGCGUGUACAUUGUGUGUUUUUCUCUGAUCAAUCAUUCAUUCUACUCUCACAAAAUUUGUCUGAAUGAUUUGUGUUUGCUGUGGCUGUAUUUUGUGUUUUGUUUUGGUUUAGUAAUGUUACGUAAAUCUUGAUGACAGUAGUUUCAGUACGCAUGAAGGCUCUUUAUUGGGCCCCGACAUGUUGUCACUGCUUGUAUUUUUAAACGUCCAUCUCAUUCACUUUUCGGCACAUUUGUGCUUGUUAUUCCCUUCCAAAUGUAUAUAUGAAUACAUGCGUCUAAUUAUAGCCAUUGUGGAUGAAGGUUUGUGAAGUAAACCAGAUACCACUGAUUCAGAGGCCUUGAUCUUUAUAUCACAU